CACUGCCCUCCACAUUCAGGGCAGUGGGAAGAGGGGGAGAAACUUCCCUUUCGGAACAAAGCGUCUUCAAAUGAAGCAUUUUCCAGAUACUGUCGAGAUAUUGGACGGUGACCAUUUUGAACGGUCACUUUGAGCCCGACUCCAGUCAGUGUACCAGCUGGUAACGGGAAUGAAGUCCCGCCCUCCAUCAACAUGCGUGGUGCCUGGCUGAUGUCAUCGGGUAGCAACGGAGGGACGCUGCGAGGGGGCGGCCCGACAGACAACCCGAGGCCUCAACGGGCGGGAAGGCCGGGGACACAAACGGAGGCCGAGGUGAACACACGGGCGGGACGCAAACUGGGGGAGAAGCCGGGCCUGUGCACCUCGAGUCCCGAUUACUGAGCGGGGUGCGACUCCCCGCCACCGCUCUAGGUGAGAACCAUGCUUGUUCCAGUGUUCAGCCUCAAGUUAAACCACAGAAUUAACCCUCGAAUGGUGACUGUGGGAAAAUAUGAUGGUAUACACCCCUGUCUGACUGCUGCAACGCAGGCUGGAAAGGUCUUUAUCCACAACCCCCAUAUCCGUAGCCAGCGUGUUGUAGCCAACCAUUUUUUGCAAGGUGGCCUGGAUUCCGACACCUACCUCCUGAAUAUAAACCAGAAUGUCAGCUGUCUAACUGCAGGAAUACUUAAUCCCACACUUGGCCAUGACACAUUGCUUGUAGGCACACAGACUAACCUACUGGCCUAUGAUGUACAUAACAACUCUGAUGUUUUCUAUAGGGAGGUGGCAGAUGGAGCCAAUGCAGUAGUUCUGGGGCAGCUGGGGGACAUACCCUCUCCCCUGGCAAUUAUUGGAGGGAACUGCACACUCCAAGGUUUCGAUCAGGAAGGAAAUGACCUCUUCUGGACGGUCACUGGAGAUAAUGUACGAUCACUGGCUCUCUGUGAUUUUGAUGGUGAUGGGAAGAAGGAGCUUCUGGCUGGCUCAGAGGACUUUGACAUCAGAGUUUUCAAAGAUGAUGAAAUUAUGGCAGAAAUGUCAGAGACAGAAGUUAUCACAGCACUGUGUCACAUGCGUGGAAGCCGAUUUGGAUAUGCCCUGGCAAAUGGCACUGUAGGAGUGUACGACCGAGCUACACGCUACUGGAGAAUUAAGUCUAAAAAUCAUGCCGUGAGUAUUCAUGCUUUUGACUUGAACUCGGAUGGUGUUUGUGAGUUGAUCACAGGCUGGUCAAAUGGGAAGAUUGAUGCACGUAGUGACCGCACUGGUGAAGUCAUCUUUAAAGAUAACUUUAGUUCCUCUGUUGCUGGGAUUGUGGAGGAGGAUUACAGGAUGGAUGGACAGAUGCAGCUCAUCUGCUGCUCAACAGAAGGAGAAGUUCGAGGCUACCUGCCUGCCAGUUGGGAGAUGAAAGCAAAUUUGAUGGACACAUAUGCAGAACAAGACUUAAUCCGUGAGCUGAGUCAACGGAAACAGAACCUCUUGAUGGAGCUCCGUAACUAUGAGGAAAAUUCAAAGAUUGCCUUGAGUGCCCUUGGAGGGGAAGGGGAUGGACAAAUGGGUGUCAUUCCAGCCAACACACAACUACAGACAAGCUUGUCUGUUAACGUGGGCACUAACGGCCAAAGUCCACAUGUGGAGCUGAACAUUUCUACAUUCAAUGACACCAUCAUUCGGGCUGUACUUAUCUUCGCUGAGGGUAUAUUUAAUGGAGAGUCUCAUGUGGUUCAUCCCAGUGCACACAAUCUCUCCGGACAGAUCCAAGUUCCCAUCGUUCCGCCUAAAGAUGUACCAGUGGAUCUGCACAUCAAGGCUUUUGUGGGCUACAGAAACAGCAUGCAGUUUCAUGUGUUUGAACUGACAAGACAGCUGCCACGAUUCUCAAUGUAUGCACUGCGCACUCCAGGAACUGCUUCUGAACCACGGAGUUAUGUCACCUUCACAAUCAGUGAUCGCAUGCAAAGGGUUGUAAUGUGGAUAAAUCAGAACUUCCUCUUACCUGAAGAUAUUGAGUGCCCAAGUGUGCCAUUGGAAGUCUGCUUCAUGUCCCUGAGAGAUAGCGGGCAGCUGAGUAUUAAAAUGAAUAUGAAUGGAGAGGUCACCAUUAGAACAGAGGAUAUUGAUCUUGCUGGUGAAAUCAUCCAGUCUUUGGCAUCGUUUCUAGCUGUUGAAGACCUCCAGGUAGAAGCAGACUUUCCUGCUUACUUUGAAGAGCUGCGCCAAAUACUUGUCCAGGUGGAUGGUUAUCAUUCCGUGCAUCAAAAGCUCACUGCAGAGAUGGCCGAUCACUCUAACCUGGUCCGUAGCUUGCUGAUUUGGGCAGAAGAUGCACGUCUAAUGGGAGACAUGGCAAAUAUGAAGAAGGGAUACAUGGAACUUUAUGACUUAAAUCGAGAUUUGAUAAAUGGUUAUAAGAUUCGCUGUAACAACCACACAGAGCUUCUGAGCUGUCUACGAGCAGUAAAUCAGGCGAUCCAGAGGGCAGGACGCCUACGAGUUGGGAAGCCCAAGACCCAGGUGGUCUCCGCAUGCAGAGAUGCCAUAAAAAAUAAUAACGUCAAUGCACUUUUCAAAAUCAUUCGUGCUGGCAGCACCUUGUCCUGAAAAGCUCAGAGGUCAAAGACCAAGCAGACAGAAGAGCUAGAGUUAGUUCAUAAAGAGGAACGACACAGAGAUCACACAGAUGUGCGGAAUUGAGCGUGUGUCAUCUCCAAGCCACUGUGAGCAGAUUCAGCUGGAUGACUAGGAUUAUCCCAACCAUAACCAUCGUGUUUUAGAUAUCACUGGAUCAGUGAGUACUAGGAUUUAAAAUGUACCACUGAAUGUUUAUAGAUUGAAGACGUGAUUUACUUUGUACUUUUAUCUACCCUCUCAAUCUCAUAUCCACCCUAACCACUAUUGGGUUAACUGUAAAUCAAUCAAAAGUAGAAUACUUGUACUCUAAUGUGGUCAGUGUCAGCAGACUAGCUUUGAACUUGAAAAUUCUGGCCAAAUAUGAUCCUUAUGUUAUAUGCUUCUGAAACAGUAGAUGGCAACACUGCAUCAUAUAUGAAUCUUGUGAGGAUGAAGUAUAUUCCUUAUCAGUAAGUAGUUGCAUUGUUAGAGUUAUAAACAUCAAGCCUUUCCAGAAUGAUAACUGACAUCGGUCAUUUCGUUCCUAAACCAGGCACAUUCCUUGUACAAAUUCUUAUGAAGCUUUUUAAAUUGAAGUAAACUAAUACUGCAUCUAUUUAGAGAUGCAGAAUCUCCAGAUACCGUACUUUAACCCCCAUUACAUAGAAUAAAUUCUCAUAAUAUAAAUCUAUUGGUGUUGGCUUCAGCAUGUCUAAUGUUCACCUGUAGUUUCAAUGAUGCCUUUUUAUUUCUCCCAGGCUGCUAACCUAUUGCAUUAUACAAAGCUUCAGCAACCCAUAUUUCCCUAAGCAACACACAACAGAUGCUGGAGGAACUCACAGAUCAGGCCUGAUCUAUGAGUGCCACCAGCGUCUUUCUUGUGUCUCCAUAUUUCCCUAACCUUCUUAAUUUCUAACAAGUUCCUCAAUCCCACCAAAUGUUCCAAUAGCCUCACUAUAUCCCGCCCAAUUUUAACUACACUAACCUAUAUUCUCCAACCCCUUCCAAAAGUCUCUGCAUCAGUCAACUACUAUCAUAACAAAUUGAGUCCGCUCUAUUCCCUGUCAAAUUUGUAGCCACCUUUUCUGUUCACUACCCAUGUAACCAUUUUCGGGAUCUCAUUGUCACUACAUUAGCAGCCCCUUAUACAGUUACUGACGCCUAGUUACGACAAAUUCCUCAGUGGUCCAUGCAGGCAACUGUUCCCUGGUACCCACUCUCCAUGUUUGGAACAUCCUAAAGCCAUGAGAAACACUAUAUAAAUGCAGCCCUUUUGUUUUAUUCCUGAAGAACAAUACCUCUCUGCAGUUUUGAUCCCUACCAAAAGAAGGAUUUACUUGCCUUUGGAGGUGAUUCACCAAAAUGAUAGGGCUGACCUGUGAGGUGAGACCUUGUAGGAUGGGCCUUUACUUGUAUUUUUCAUUUUUCUAACCUCAUAAGGCUUGACGUUAGAUACUGAGAAGUUGAAUGUCUGUCUUGAGAAUCUAGAUCUUGGUUAUAAACACGUGAUUUUGGAGUGAUUAUUUAGAACUGAGAUAGGGAAAAAUUUCUUCACAUGGAAAGUUGUGGAUCUUUGGCCACCUAAAGGACAUUGAGAAUUAUGGGAAAUGGGCAGGAAAGUGAAGUUGAUGUUCAGGAUAAAUCUGGUAGCAAGAAGAAACAGGCAAGAGGGACCAAAUGGUCAACAGGCAUUCCUAGAUCUUAAGAGGAUAACAAUAUAAAUAUCAUUUUAGUGUUGUUUUGCAGUUUGUACAUAUUAGCUGCUACUAAAUUAUAAUAAAAAGACUUUGAAGGAAUGUUGUAAAUUCAUGUGAACUAAUUUUCUCUCUUUUAUUAGUUUGUUCUCUAAAUAUGCAAGCUAUUUAGCACUGAGUUUCAAGAGGCAAUGACUGAGGAGUCCAACCACCCCCCCAAUUUAAUAAUAGAUACUUACAAUGCAGGAAAUAUUUUUCCUGCUCAACUUUAAACUGAUGUUAAAAAGGAAUUGGACAUACAGUGGGUAUUUCCCUCACUGUUCUUGCACCUAUUCUAACAGUGCAGAUGAGGUAAAAAUUUCACAUCUUUGCUUGCUAUGAUGGUACCACAUGAAAUUAAUCAGUCAGAGUAACAAACUUUGCAUUUAAAAGUGGCACAUCACAUCCAUGAGGAAAACAAAACACUAAAUUCCAAAGUUAGGUUAGGAAUACUAGGCAUCGAGGUCAAGGGCAGAAAUUUUUGCCACUAAUUUUAGAAUUGAGGGAGGAAUCUAGAAAGCCAGAGUUGGAUGAUCAAGGAGCUAAGAAGGUAGAAUAGGACCAGACCAUGUAAGAAGUAUGAAUCUGCAUGAGGAUUUAAUCAACGCAUUAGGAAUUGAGAGCCAGUGCAAAGGUAAUAGGCAGAUAUUGGCAAUGGAUUUUAAGUUUGUGGAGGGUGAAUGUGGAAGGCUGCUGAUAAAAUAUGGAAAAUAGGAUUGGUAAUUAUAAAAAUGUGAUUAAGAGUUUUGUGCAGCAAGCAAAGAAGACAUGGGUAGGGAACAUUACAAAAGAUAAAGGCAAUCAUGGCUCAGUGAAUUUAUAACUGAUCAAGCAGUGGUCAGUAAUGUUAUGUACAGUCCCCCAUUGUGGAGUUGGUGUCUGAGUUAUUGUCAGAUAUGGCUCUCUUGUUGUCAAGUUCUCCAAAACAACCUACACUGACAUUUCGGUGCAAAACUGAGGAGUAGUUUAAACCCCUGGAUUAAUCCAAGACCAUGCCUGCCCUGUCUGAAGAAUGCAAAAGAUUCCUUGGCACAGUUCAAUGAAGAGCAAAGAAUUCUUCUUUCCCAUUAUUUAUACCUUAACACAUCUGCACAAAAUCAUCAGGUCAUUAUCAAUUGCUAUGUAUCAAUUCCUAAUUACAAUGCACUUCAUAUUCAAAGGUACCGGAUUGCUGAGAGUGUUUUGGAACAUUAUAAGAGGGACGCAUAUAGAAGGCAUUUUAAUUAAAUAGGCUCUUAGUAGUUUAAAAAAGUGUAAGUUUUUCUGGUCAUAGUCAUUCAGCGCAGAAUUAGCCCACACCAACCAUCAAGCACCCAUUUACACCAAUCCCAUUUUAUUCUCUCCACAUUCCUAUCAACUUCCCCCAGGGUCAACAUACAAUGACCAAUUAACCUACCAACCUGCAUGUCUUUACAAUGUGGGAGAAACCAUAGCACCCAGACAGUCACACCAACAGCACUGGAGGUCAGAAUUGAACUUGGGUCACUGUAUCAUACAUGGUAGAAGAAAUCAUGCUGAACUAUCAGUAGACUAGGAAAU